AUGUUUUAUUUUGAAUCACCAAGAGGCGUUGUAGCCUUAAAAAACUUUGAGCAUUUUGCAAGGAUUAGAUUGAAAUUCUUAUUAAGAGUUUUAAAAUGUGGAAACCAGAUAGACGACUUCAUGUCGAUUUUGUCCGACCAGGAUGUUGUGAUAGAUUCUGAUGUGUUACUUGAAGGGUCCCAUAAAGAUAUCAUUUCCCAUUUUACUUUGAGACUUCUGCUGGCAAAUGAGGCUGAUACCUGUGAUUUUCUUCUCCAAGCUGAGACCAGACUGUUCCAAUUUAGACUAAAGAGCAUGAAUGAUACAGAAUUAUCUGGGUAUUUAUCUUAUUUUGAAUCAAAGCUAAAGAAACUACAGGAUUCCAUACAUCCCUUAUCUUCAGACUUCUCCUUCGUGUACCAAAUUCAGAGUAUUCUAUCACAGAUAAAGAGUUCCCAUAGAAGCUGGAGGAAGGUUGUUUCAUUCAGUCACGACAAAAAAGACAAUUUCUCCUUCCACGUCCCAUUUUCUGUUGUACCACAAUUAGUUGCCAAGAGAGUGGUAACCAUUCAACAUGGACAGGCCGAUGUACCAUACUGUUACCUACAUGAUGUGCUGGAACACUGCUUUAUGCUCAUUCUUCGUCAUGGCUUACAGAAAUGUAAAUCCAUGCAGGGAAGCUUGGAUAAGCGCUGUAGAAUACUCAGACACCAAUUGCAGGUAAUAUUAAGGAAUAACUACAAGCCAUUUGCUGAUAUGUCUUUUGUAACCUCCUCUUCACUGGGACAACAGGAAGUGAUGUCAGAGAGCAAAUUCUUCCCACCAUGUAUGUCAGUGCUAUUUCAGAAUCUUCAUGAAAACCACAGACUUCAGCACCAUUCCAGGAUCCAGCUGACCUUGUUUUUAAAAGAAAUAGGUAUGCCUGUUCAUGAGGCUUUACAUUUCUGGAGGUAUUAUUACAGCAGAGUCAGUGAUCCUAACAGUGGCUGUUCUCACAAGUGGGAGGGGAACGAGAGGAGGUACCAGUAUAGUAUUAGGCAUCUGUACGGACUGGAGGGAUCUCAUAUCAAUUACAGGGCUCACUGCUGCAUCUCUCUACAGGAAUUUAUUCCGUCAUGUGGAAGUAGAGGAGGUUGCCCUUUCAAACAUUUUGAUGAUGCUAAACUGAUUCAUUUUCUGUCAGAGGAGGAAAUUAAGAGCAUGGAGGACAUCUUGGACCUGAGGGGCCAAGAGCAAUUUUCCAAUGCUUGUGCCCUGUACCUGCAGAGAAAGACAGAAAACAUAUUACAAAGCCAAAUUCUUACCGAUUCUAGUUCUGUAAAUGAACCCUCAGCAAAAAGAGCAAGGUUGGAAUCUGUAACUUCAAACAUUAAGGGACCAGACAGCAGUUCAUGUAUCAAUCCAGGAGAGAGUGAGGAGAAGCAGGUUACCACAGAAAAGUCUCUGUCUUCUAGCUGUACAGGGUGUGGGUUUAACUCUUCACCAUCAACAAAAUCUAUACAAAACAAAAGAACUGAACAGAGCUCAGCGGAUUCUGUGUCGAGACCAUUUGAGGCAAAUUCUAAAAUACCUAUUCAUAUUGGAACAGUGGAUACUAGGAAGAUCACAGAUGAAUGUGACAGAAAAACUAAGCAUUUACCCUGUGAUUCUAUUCAAAAUCAACGAAAGGUGCCUUUCUCAAGGAAGAUAGAGAGCACCCUUGAUGUGAACUCAAAGAACAACAACAAUAGUAAACAGAAUACAACUAACGACAAGGAAACAGCCUUGUGUUUUUGUCAUGAUCUUUGUUUAUCUCAGAUUGCAAACGAGGAACAACUGUCAAAAGACCACAGAAAAGAAACUAAACCAAUUAUCAAACCAUCGGAGUUUUAUGUGAAUUUUAAAAAUUUCUGCAAGUAUUCAAGGACAGCAUUAUGUCGGUCGAAUUGUGAACUGCUUUUACCAUUACCCUGGCUGAAAUUGAAAGUAGCGAUGUCGUCUCUCACAGGUUGCCGUCGGAUGCUUCAACAACACUCUGUGUUGUUAAGGUUUACACAAAAGAGUGUCAGAACAUUUUCUUCAGGUGUCUUGAGAAGCAUUAAUGGUAAUAAUAGCCAUCAUUUAAUCAGCUUCUCAGCAAGUCAUCAAAAAAUUAACCAUUUAAAGCCCACUGCAUCCUUUCACUGCCACAGUAUAUGCAGACUGUACAGUAAUUCCUCAUCUAACACACCACAGAAACCUCAGAAUGAACAGGGGUCCAAAGCAAACCCUGAGGAAGACCCAAAAGAGACCCCAAACACCAGCCAAGACAGCAUGACAGCUGCUGAUACUGCCGUAAAGAAACUUUCAGUCUUUCAGAGGUUCAAACAAACUUACAAAGAACAUGGCAAAGUACUUAUCAUUGUUGAGGUUCUGACUUCAAUAUUUUGGUAUGGGCUCUUUUACAUCAUUGUAAGAUGUGGUGUAGAUGUAAUAUCACUGCUGGAGAAACUGGGACUCAGUGAAACAAUGAUGAAACCAUUCCAUUCUUCAGGCCUUGGAGACUAUUUGCUGGCAUUUUUACUGUACAAAUUGAUAUCUCCUAUCCGUUAUGCUGUCACACUUGGGGGGACUGGGUAUAUAAUCAGAUUAAUGAGGAAACGAGGAAAGAUACCCCAAGUGACAGAAAGUACAAAACUUAGGACCCUGGUCAAGGACAGUAAAGAGGAAAUCAAGGACAAAAGUUCAAAGUUCAGGGAGAGGCGAAGGUCAAGUAUCAAGGCCAGAGGAAGAAGAAAACGGAAUCAGAAAUGUAUUACUGCUAUGAGCACAAACAGACGGCCAAAUGGUCGCGCUUCCGGUCCCCCGACUGGAUCACGGAGCGGCCCCGAGGGAAAGUCUAAGCAAAUAAAACUGGUUCUGCUGGGAGAGUCUGGAGUAGGCAAAAGUAGCAUAGCCUUAAGAUUUGUUCGAGGGGAAUUCAACGAGAAUGGGGAAGCUACCAUUGGAGCCGCUUAUUUGACAAAAACGAUAAAUGUCCUGCAGUCUGCGACAGUUAAGUUCGACAUCUGGGAUACUGCAGGACAAGAAAGGUACCAUAGCUUGGCCCCCAUGUAUUAUCGCGGGGCACCUGCUGCCGUGGUAGUCUAUGACAUCACAAGCCAGACUUCCUUCUCACGCGCUCAAGCUUGGGUUAAGGAGCUCAUUCAGCAAGCUAACUCUCAGAUCGUCAUUGCUUUAGUGGGCAAUAAGGCCGAUAUGGCCAGCGAAAACAGGGUCAUAAGCAAAGAGGUUUCAUUUAAGGAGGCUCAGCGGUGGACAAGGGAGAUCAUUGAUUUUGGCGGAUCUUGUAAUUAUAUUAUGCUGCUGGGAAAUAAAUGCGAUUUAGCUGACGAUUGUCGAGAUGUGCCCUAUGAGGAGGGCAGUGAAUUUGCAAGUAGUAAUGGACUGAUGUUCAUGGAGGUGUCUGCCAAAACAGGAAUGAACGUCGAAGAAGUUUUCAACAACCUAGCUACCAAAAUAGCCUCCCAGUCAACACCGGAAACGAAAUCGACCACCGUCCGUCCGACCACAGUGGAAGGGACAGGAAAAAGUGGAUGUCCUUGUUGAAAAUGGAGUCACAUAGAUUUUUAGUGAUAUCGGAUUAAUAUGGCAUUGCUUUUUUGUGAUAAUCAAAAAAUUCUAUUGGAGAAAAGCUCCUAUAAUUAUACCAAGGACUCGGCGUUAAACAUUUGUGGUUUAUUAUUUCUGCUGAUAUACGUACAACAUGUGCUGUACCUGUGAUAAUAUUGCAAAUCAUGCACACUUGAGAUAAUCUGAAGGGGAUUUUUAUGGUCCCACUGUUACGAUUUUGUCGCGUUCAUUUAUCAGCACGUGUCAAUAUGAUAUGAGGGUACAGACAAGUACAAAUACCGGUCCCCCUUACUAUUUUUAAGAGUUAUAUAAUUAAGUGUAUAUAUAUAAGCAUGACUUAUUUACCUUAUUACCAAUAGUAAAUUAUAAUCUUGACUUCCUUUCGAGGAAAGGAGAUAUUUUGUCUUGUUUUAUUUCUUUUUGUUAAACAAAGUAAUUAUAAACAUAAAAAAGGAAUUUUUCACUCUACACUUUCGUGAGAACCAUCAACCUUUACCAUUGAACAAUUUGUUAAUGAAAUGAAAGAACGCAUCUUACAUUACUUAUAAAGAUAAAAGGAGAAGAAUUUUAUUAUAGCGAUUUGUGAUCUAACUCAUACUUGGUUAGGACACAAUCAAACAAUUUAAUUUUUCAACUAAGUAUCACAUGCAGUUAUACAUUUAAUUUUUUCCCCGUUGGAAACAAAUGCAAUGAUCUUUACUGGAAACGCAUUGUAUGUACAUUGUAGCAUUAUGUAAACUGAGCAUUUGUUUGUUGACCUAUAAAAAGCUGAAAUGGAUGUUUUUCAUGUUAAAGAAUUUCUUUCCUCUUGUGAAUUUCAUCUGUGCGCAGGCCUAUUUUUUGUUCUAGAAUAAAAUAUGUAUUUGCAAAAUAUAGUA